AUGUAUAAUAAUAAUAAUCAACAACAAUCGGCAUCACUAGAAAGUGGAAUACCCAGUGUAGGAUCUAUUGUUUGGGCUGCAGGACGUUCUCGUGCGCAACAAGCAAUAAAUCUUUAUGCCAAUCUCGAUUAUCUCCGUCCAUAUUUUGAUGUUGAACCAAGAGAAGUUUUUCAACGAUUGAUACGUUCAUUGAUUCCAGCACGAGUGUCUCGAGAUGAUCAUAUAAAACCAGAAUUAUAUGGACCAUCGAUGAUCGCAUUCACAUUAGCAGCUAUUCUGAUUUAUCAAAUGAAAGUUUCAAGUCAUUCCGUUCAAGAUGGCACAUUAAUUGGAGCAAGUUUUCUUGUUUGUUUCGGCUAUUGGAUUGGUUCGAGUUUUGCUGUAUCAUCGCUUUCAUUUAUAUGUAACACACAACUUAGUCUUAUGCAAAUUCUUAGUAUUAAUGGUUAUGCUCUCUUCAGUCAUUGUGUUGUUCUAUUUCUUGCUACGUUUAUUCACACGGGCUAUGAUCAUCUGCUAUUCUACGGUCUUUGGGGAUUUGUCGGUGGCGCAGCAGCAAUUCGAAUGGCAGUAAUUAUAAUGUCUCGAACAGUGAAUCCACGUUAUCGUGCUCUUCUUGGCCUACUUAUCGUAUCAAUUCAUAUGUUCUUUUUACUGUAUCUUCAUUUUGCUUAUCAUGCAAUGGCCGAAACUGUUGCUCAUGCUUUAAAUAAUGAACGAAAUGAUGUUGAUGUUGAUGUCGCCGAAGCUUUGAAACCAGUGUCAACUCUUAUUCCUGAAGUAGUAAAACCUGCACUUCUAAAACGACAAAUACAAGAUAAUGUUAUGAAUAUCAGUAAAACUACAAUCAUCUCUUCGUCAACAUCAACAAGAGUGGCCAAAGCAUAA